AUGAUGCAGAACUUCCAGCCUCUUCAUGAAGUCGGUAUCGAUACGAAAAGCUUCGAAGAAUUCAGCCAGCUUGAGAAUGCAGUCACAAAAUGCACGGAGUUGAUGCUUUACGAGUUGAACUAUGGUGAAGACGAUUUAUUGAACUGUUUAGUCUUUAGUAAACAGGUCAGUAAUUUUUUGUUCCAGUCAGAGUCCUUCAGUGCAUUUGAUAGCCUUUUCCAGCCUGCGAUGUGUCCUGUUUCCCCGGAUCCGAUUACUCGACGAGAGCGACAGAUACAGACGUCACCACCGACAGUUGGAGCACGUCCACCGUCUCGUCCUGCUCGAACAGUGACUCCGGAUGCCCAGGCUCUUCCUGGCCGCCCUGUGACUCCGUUAGCCCAGCCCUCAACUGCAAGCACUUCUCAGGAUACAUCUGAAGAUAUAGAUGCAAUCGAUGGAUAUUCGCUUGUCUCAGAUGAUGAGCUUCAGCCAUCCAAACUGCCACGUUCGCCGAACAUUGACGCUGAUGACGGUCUUUCGUUUAUUAGUGAGAUUUCCUCAACUACUGUCGAAGAUGAAAGUCCUCGACAAAGCCCACUGAACUGCAGUUCCACACCGUCUAUUCAACCAUCUCACAGUCCGUCAAACGCCAGCUCUGUCCCAUCUCUCAUGAGAUAUUCGAUAGGACCCUCUCGCGAAACCGACAGGCGCCAACAGGUGAUAAUGCCAGAGAGGGCGUACGUCCCACCUUCAGCCGCCUAUGUCGAGGCGGAUUCAUCGUCCCCCUCAGCAACUGGUCCACCGCGGGUUCCAUUCUUCUUUCAAGCGACGCCUGCGAGUACGAGCAGAUCAGCCCCGAAUAUGGUCCCACCGUCUUAUGAACCGGUUUAUCCAGCGGCUCCAGUUUACUCUGCUGAUAUGAGAAUGAACAUGACCGUCCAGCAAGCAGCUGUUUUCUUAUCGCCUCCAGACAAAAGCUUGUCCUCUAAGCGCAGAAGCUCAGCCCAUGUCUCACCCACGGGAUUCACUUCCUUUCUGUGGACCGUUCUGUCAUACAAAUGCGGAGGUUUCAUCAACGACGAUGCAUGCUCCUCCUCAACAUCAAGGGAGACAACCAAGCAGCAUGUCUGUUUAUCCCACCUACGAAGAACGACUUCGCACUUCUGA